AUGUCAUCAAAUACGAAUAUAAUUUGGCUGCAAAGUAAUCAAGACGAACCUAUUACUUAUGAACUUCGUUCUCAUGUUGCUCUAUUUGAUAAUGAAGAUGCAUGUUAUCAAUUUCUAUGUUCAUUAUCACCAACAAUACGUGGAUUAACACUUGUUGUUACUGAUCCAACAAUAUCAACAGAUCGUCUUAUAAAAUUAAAACAAAUAUCAAUUGUCUAUAUACUUUCAUCAUCAAUAUCAAAAUCACAUAUAAAAAGUUCAGCAAAAAUUCAUGGACUUUUUGAUGAUAAAAAAACUUUAAUAGAACAAGUUUUAACUGAUUUAAAUCGUAGAAAACCAAGUGAACCAGGAUUUUUAACUGGUAUUAUAUCACCAUUUCAAGGUUUUUAUUUUAUUCUAACAACUUCAUCAACAUGGUCACGGGCAUUAGUACCUGCUAUUUUAUUUACAUUACUUCUCUUUCUUUUUGCAAUACCAGGAGUAUGGGCAAUGCACAUACUUACAAACCGUUUAAUACAAAAAUAUAGUUCGCGUUUCAUACGUGUUGGGAUAUGGUUACUUCGUUUUGUACUUUAUAUAGUUGCUAUAUGUCUUUCACUAAUAAUUGCACUUCUAACAGCUCAACCAUUAAGUUCACCAGCACUUGAAAGUCUAAUACGUGCACAAGAACGUCAUUUAAAAUAUCCAAAUCGUCCAGAAGAAUCAUUUUGUUCUAGUAUAUGGCGUAGUUUGCGUGUAGCUGUGAUUUCAAUGUUGAUUUCAUUUGUUAUUUUUAUUAUUUUAACUUCAAUAGAAUUCUUUUUACCACCAGCUAUUAUAAUAACAACUCCAUUAAAAUUUCUUACAACUGCCUUUAUUAUUGCAUAUGAUAUUAUUGAUUAUCCAUUAUCAUUACAUUUACUUGGUGUACGAGAACGUAUACCAUGGUUUAAACAUUAUAUAUGGGCAACACUUGGUUUUGGUUUCGCAAUGGAAAUUAUAUUUCUUAUCCCAGGAGCAUUUUUUCUUUUGUUACCAUCUGGUAUAUGUGGUGCAACUCGUCUCGUUGUUGCAGCUGAAAGAGCAUCAAUACAUCAACCAUUAUUAUCAUCAAAGGAUGAGUCUACUUAA